CCAAAACUUCCUAAAUUGAAGUUGUUUGAUUUUGGGUUUUCGCAGGCUUUACUGAUUUGAUAGUUUCGAAUUGAAUCUGGGCGAUAUUACAUGUUCGAAUUGGCCAUGAUCACUAAUUCCAGUCCUUCUUCACCGCUGGAGGCAUCUCUAUUGAGCCAGUGACCUUCACCACUUGCAGCGGCAGGCUCCAGGUCGAACCUGCAGGCCAUCUGUCUCUGUCUCCAGCUCCCCCCAUGGUGGCGUCCCUCUGGUGAAGCUUCGAACCGACGAAGGAAGAGCUAGCAAGGGAAAAGUGGAGGCGGCCGUAAGAGCACACCCAAAUUGAAGCAGGACAAUAUUCUAAAUGAACCAGGGUAAAUCUGGGACGGACGGAAAACUAUACUCCUACUAGAAAUAUCCAUCGCUCACUGUGUUCUCCUCCACUGGAACGCUUAAUUAGCUGACCCAAUUUCAACCAGGAUGCUUGCCUUGAGAUGCUUUAUUGCAAUAUUCACUGGAAGACCGGAACCUACUAAAUUAUUGGAGAAAUAUAUUGGAACCACCAUUGUUUGUGCUGCAAAAGACCCUCGUUCCAGGUGCCCUCGUGUGUGGAAGAGUAAGAGGAGAAUAGGGACCAUUUCUAAAUCGCUCAAACUUGUAGAGUCGAUAAAGGGAUUAUCAAAUGUUAAGGAAGAAGUCUAUGGUAGUCUUGAUGCGUUUGUUGCCUGGGAAUUGGAGUUCCCAUUGGUCACUGUGAAAAAAGCUCUUAAGAUCCUUGAGCGUGAAAAGGAGUGGAAAAGAAUAAUACAAAUGACAAAGUGGAUGCUAAGCAAGGGUCAGGGGAGAACAAUGGGUAGCUAUUAUUCUUUGAUGAAUGCUUUGGCUGAAGACGGGAGGCUUGAAGAGGCUGAAGAGCUUUGGAAUAAGUUGCUUUCAGAGAACCUCGAAAGUCUUCCUCGCAUUUUCUUUGAGAAAAUGAUCUCUAUAUACUACCAGAAUAAAAUGCAUGGACAGAUGUUUGAGGUUUUUGCUGACAUGGAAGAACUCAAUGUCCGGCCAAGCGUUAGCAUUGUCAAAAUGGUGGGAGAUGUAUUUGAAGAGUUAAAUAUGUUGGACAAGUAUAGAAAGUUGAAGAAUAAAUACCCUCCACAAAAGUGGAAAUAUCGCUAUAUUAGGGGGAAAAGGAUGAAAAUAAGAGUAAAGGACACUAGUAACUAUGGCGACCCUGAGGCAAUGGAAUCGGAUACUGAAGGUUAUUCUGAGUUGGAUGAGAAGUUGGAUGAAAACACAGAGGUUUGUGCAGACAUUUUGGAUGAAAUUGAUCUGAAUCAGCUUGAUUAAGUUACACAUUCCUUAGUGGCUUCACAGUGAGAGUUUUCAGUUUGUGAUCGGAUGACGACAAUAUAAUGGAAUUCGGUUAUUGGAACCCUAGAAUCUGAUCUCAUUCUUGAGCAGUUGAGCUCCAUUUGUGGUUGGUUUUCUUUUGGCAAAAUGCUAACUGUUAAAUUUUCACCAAGAUAGUCUUGCCUGACAUGCAACAAAUGGGUGAAAAGGGUUUUGCAUCAAAUAGACUGUAUGAGUAUCACUAGCGCUGGCCCGUUGUCCUUAUAGUCUGUCAUUCUCAUUCCUUAAGCCUGGCCAUUGAUCCUUCAACUUUCACAAAUUUGACACAUUCAAGUUGUUUGUGCAUCUUCUUCAAUGCAUUGGAACUUGGAAGAAAUGCCAACUGUGUGUCUGUAGAUAGAUGUAUGUGGGUGUUAUGUUAUAAGCACUAGUGGGUGGCGGUUUGGAUAUGAAAGGGUGGAGCUGGGAGGGUAAUUCACCCGGACCGGAACCGCUCUAAUUGGGAUGGGAAAUAUGUUGUGCAUUAAAUGUCCUUAACAAUUCGCGUUGAUUCCUCAAUUGAGAUUUGAGAAUGCACUAUGCAUUAAAAAUAAAAAUGAUGCUUUUGGAAGUUGAUGUCAUGAGAACACACGUUCUCAUUUCU